GUGUCCAUCUAUGGAGGUGAGCACCAUGUCCCCAUCUCCUGCCUCACCUUCUGAAAGAGACGAUCUGUGUGAGAUUCAUGUCCCCAGCGUGGCCAUCCACAGUGUGACACUGCUCAUCUGCCUCUGUGGGCUGGCUGGGAACGGGGCUGUCAUCGGCCUCCUCAGCCUGAAAAGUAGGAACGCUGGCAUCUUUGACCUGGCUGUCAUUGACUUCCUCUUUCUACUCUUUGCGGUCCCCUCCGCCCUGCUCUUCCUGGUGGAGGACGUGUCCUGCUCUCCUAUCAUGCCCUUGAUGUACGUGAACUUCAUUUUCCAGCUGUCAUUGGUCUCCUACUACUGGGUGCUGUUCCGGCUGAUGAGCAGCAUCCCUGUGCUGUAUAUGCAGAAGCUCUGCAAGCUCUGCUGCCGCUGGGACAUUCCCAAGCGCCUCCUGUGGGUGCUGGACACUGUCCAAUACUGGGCCAUCUUUGCUCUCUUCACUGUCAUUCCCACGGUGACAUUCCUGUGCCCAUCCCACAAGCAGGACCACUGCCGGGCAGCUCUCAUCUCCAUGUACACCAUCAUCAUUCUCCUCUUUGCUGCACCCGUGGCUAUUUCGGGCACAAUCCUCCUCAUUAAGGCCAAGUGGGGCUGCCACCAGGAGCAACCGCAGCAACCCAAGAGGCGUGACAUCGUUACCUUCCUCAUUGUGCUUUUCACUCUCCUUCUCAUCCUCUGGAAUUUCCUGCACCAGCUCGGUUACAUCGCUGUGUCCUCACAGGUGGUUUUCCUGCUCACCUGCAUCCACAGCAGCAUCAAACCCUUCAUCUUCUUCUUGGCAGGGAGGUGUUGGAUGCCCUGCUCCAUGGAGUCCCUCCAGCUCUCCCUCCAGAGGGUCUUUGAGGAGCCAAAAGAAAAAAAAGCCCGCAGAAAUUAUCCCACCAUGGACACAGGGGUCUGAGCCUGCU